GGCCCCCGCCCCCUCGGCUGGCCGCCAUCUUGUUGUUGAUCCGUACCCAGUGGGCAGCGCCGAGAGCUGGACCGUGCGGCCGGUGCGGGGCCGCUGCUGCGGGUCUCAGCCACCUGUGCUGCCUGCCAGGAGGAGCGGGCCGAAACCUGGAGGCCCAGGGGCCCCAGCUCCCGUCGGGAGCCGUGGGCGUCUGCUGUCCGGGCCGGGCUGGACAUAAUCAUAAGCUGAACAGAUCUUGGCUUUCAGCUCACCGAAAUCGACAACCCCAUUCUGCUGCUGUGGCCCAUGUGCUGCGUCCUCUGCCCUCAGUGUGCAACUGGCCCCCAACGCAAUGUGUGUUUGUCAAACCAUGGAAGUGGGGCAGUAUGGCAAGAACGCAAGUCGAACUGGAGACCGGGGAGUCCUGCUGGAACCCUUCAUCCACCAGGUGGGCGGCCACAGCAGCAUGAUGCGCUACGAUGACCACACUGUGUGCAAGCCCCUCAUCUCCCGGGAACAGCGGUUCUACGAAUCCCUCCCGCCAGAAAUGAAGGAAUUCACCCCCGAGUACAAAGGUGUGGUGUCCGUCUGUUUUGAGGGGGACAGUGACGGUUACAUCAACUUGGUGGCUUACCCAUAUGUGGAAAGUGAGACUGUGGAGCAGGAUGACACACCUGAACGAGAACAGCCUCGACGCAAGCACUCCCGCCGCAGCCUGCACCGGUCUGGGAGUGGCAGUGACCACAAGGAGGAGAAAGGCUCCCUGUCGCUUGAAGCCUCUGAGAGCUCCCAGGAGGCAAAAAGCCCAAAGGUGGAGCUGCACUGCCACUCGGACGUCCCCUUCCAGAUGCUGGAUGGCAACAGUGGGCUGGGUUCUGAGAAGAUCAGUCACAACCCGUGGAGCCUGCGCUGCCACAAGCAGCAGCUGAGCCGCAUGCGCUCCGAGUCCAAGGACCGCAAACUCUACAAGUUCUUGCUGCUGGAGAAUGUGGUGCACCACUUCAAGUACCCCUGUGUGCUGGACUUGAAGAUGGGCACCCGGCAGCACGGCGACGACGCGUCAGCUGAGAAGGCAGCCCGGCAGAUGCGGAAGUGCGAGCAGAGCACGUCCGCCACGCUGGGCGUCCGGGUCUGUGGCAUGCAGGUGUACCAGCUGGACACAGGGCAUUACCUCUGCAGGAACAAGUACUAUGGCCGAGGGCUCUCCAUCGAAGGCUUCCGCAAUGCCCUUUAUCAGUACCUGCACAACGGCCUGGACCUGCGACGUGACCUCUUUGAGCCUAUCCUGAGCAAACUGCGGGGCCUCAAGGCUGUGCUGGAGCGGCAGGCCUCCUACCGCUUCUACUCCAGUUCCCUGCUUGUCAUCUAUGAUGGCAAGGAGUGCCGAUCGGAGAUGCGCCUCAAGCACCUGGACAUGGGGCUCCCUGAGGUGGCGUCACCCAGUGUGCCCAGCCCCAGCAGUGCCAGCCCUGACGCAGGCCCUUCCUCUCCACCCAAGGUGGAUGUCCGCAUGAUUGACUUUGCACACAGCACAUUCAAGGGCUUCCGGGAUGACCCCACCGUGCACGACGGGCCCGACAGAGGCUACGUGUUCGGCUUGGAGAGCCUCAUCAGCAUCAUGGAGCAGAUGCGAGAUGAGAAUCAGUAGGCCUGUACAGGGCCCCCACACCUCUUCUUCUCCAGCCACAGGCAGGGACCAUUGCUCUCAACUCGCUGUGAGGACACAACAGACUUGCUUUUAAAGGGUUAUAUUUCUCUUUGGUGUAAACUAAAAGAAAUGUUUUUAGCUGUA